CCUGAUGGCGUGGCCCAAGCCUCUCCGCCAUGAUUCGAGACAGAACCAGUCCCUAUAUGCUGUGUCUCUGGCAUUGUUAAAAUGUCGGCUUCCAGUCCAGUUCUGCGUGGUAUCCUUCUUGUUGGCGGUUGAGUCUGGCAUUCUUUCCCUUCGCAACUGUUCUUCCUUUACAUAUCGGGGGCAGGUCCUUCGUUGUUCGUUCUUACUCUCACAUUCACUGAGCUUCGCGGUGCGAAGUUUCCUGGCACCCAUUCCUUUUCGAGCCUCGCCGUGGCCAGUCGCUAGUCGAUCUUUCUAUUUCCAACAUGCUUCGUCUUCAGAUUUUAUUCUUGGCCCUCCUUUUCAUCACUACAGCGUUUUCAUCGCCCAUCAGGCAAAAACAGAAACGAUCAUUUAAAAUCCCAAGAAUACCACAGCCCAACUAUAAGCCCAACGGGAAAGCAGCAUACAAAAGAGCCUUAUUCAAAUUUGGCUUUGGCGAUAUCAGUUUCCAGCCCAAUGGCGAGAUAGCUACGAGAAUCCAAGCAGCAACCAAUGCUUCUGUCGACGCGACGGAAGAUGGACAGACGGCCGCUACGCCUUCUCAGAAUGACGCUCAGUUCUUGUCUCCUGUCAAUGUAGGAGGUCAGACCUUGGUCAUGAACUUUGACAGCGGCUCGUCGGAUUUUUGGGUUUUCAACACCAACCUCGACCAGUCGGCCCAACAAGGUCAUACUGUCUACAACCCAACGAAAUCAAACGCAUCUAAAGCGCUUACUGGUAGCACCUUCAAUAUCAGCUACGGAGACGGCUCAUUCGCUUCUGGACCCGUCGGUGUCGAUACAGUCGAUAUUGGCGGCUCAACAGUUGACGCCCAAGCUAUUGGACUUCCCAAUGUUGUCUCGGACAGCUUCAUCACCAACACCGCUUCGAACGGUCUGGUCGGGCUAGCGUUCAGCCAGCUAAACACCAUCAAGCCACAAGCUCAGAAAACCUUUUUUGACAAUGUCAUGGCAGACUUGACUCAGCCGGUGUUCACCGCGCAGCUCUUGUCCAGUGCUACGGGUUCAUACGAGUUCGGCAAAAUCGACAAGACUUUGUUUAAAGGUCAGCUCCAAACCGCUGCCGUUGAUUCUUCCAAUGGAUUUUGGCAGGUUUCAUCGACAUCGGCGGCUGUGUCAGGCCAGAAGAUCAACAUUGCUGGUGGCACUGCCAUUCUCGACACGGGCACUUCGUUGAUGCUCGUUGCCGAUGAGAUGGUGGUUGGAUAUUGGAACCAGGUCCAAGGCGCACAACUGAAUCAACAAGCAGGCGGCGUCAUCUUUCCGUGUAACGCUCAGCUCCCUGACCUCCAGGUUGCAAUUGGUAACAACCUUGCGACUGUGGAUGGCGCCAACAUGAACUUUGCAAAUGUCGGUACCGACACCCAGACCGGGCAAGACUUCUGUUUCGGUGGGCUACAGUCAAGUCAAGGUCUUCCCUUUUCGAUCUACGGCGACGUGUUUUUCAGAUCGAAUUUUGUAGUCUUUGACGGGGCUACGCCGUCGGCCAGCUUUGCGCCUCAUGCUUGAACUAGAUACCAGUUGCAUUGAUAAUCCCAAUUUAUGAUGCCUACGUCAGCAAUAGAAUUAUGCAUAGCGUUCGGAGGUAGCCAUACAGAUGUUUGUCCUUUUCUUUGUGCUUUGGAGGAAGCACUACCUACCUACCUAUACCUCUAGCAUGGCAAAACCGUUCUCGCCCGCAGCAGAACGAAUGAGCUUGACAUGAGUACAAAAGAUGGAAAAGUUAUC